UUCCAAGAAAAGAAGUUCCAAGAAAAGAAGUUUGAUUCUAAAUUCCCAGAGGGUAUUGUUUUCUUAAAUUCUAAUUAUUUCUUAGAAAUACAAUGCCUAAUUUAGUAUUCAGUUCGUCAAGAAAUCUGGCACUGAUGUUGUGGUUUAAGUGGCUUUAUGUGCGUUCGGAUGUUGCGUGUGUCUAUGUAUGUCGAUUAUAGUUCACAUGUCCAUAUUUCUGCGAAUUCUGAAUGGCAGAUAUACGCAUUAGAGAGAGCCAGUUUUCGACGAAUAUGGGCAAAGAAAAGAUAAUAAACAGACCGAUAUUUCUAAAGCUACUUCUGUUAUCGUUCAAGUUGGAUGAACUUGUAUGUUACAUGUAUUUUGUCUUGGCUGGUGAUUUGUGUAUAUGUACUGUAUAGUACUGCUAUAUGUUCUCAGUAGUUCAUCCGUGUAGUCUACCUUCUCACUAAGACAGAUGGCUGGUCGUUGGUUAGGUAAGUGAUCGUUGUUCAUGGGCACCCAUGUCAAAUGUUAAGUACAAAUUGUAAGUAAAAUUGUAGUGAUGUACCAAUAUGAAAAUUUACAAUAUUCCGAUAUUAGAUUCUGAGUUGUGGCCAAUCAUGCAUUAAUUUUGCAUAUACAUUGAUAAUAUCUUUGAGUAUGGUUGCAUAUUGAGUUUACUAAGUUAUGUUACAUUUAAUUGAAAUCCAUAAUAUAUUGUAAAUUUAAAAGAAGUUAUAUAACUUAUUAUUUGUAACUUAUUAUAAUACAAUAUUGGUAAUAUCGGCAACAGAAAUACAGAUACCAAUAUUUUGAAUUUGGGGCCGAUAUACCUAUAUCAGAGUGAGAUAUACGUUCUUGAGUGUGAGAUAUAUCAUAAUUCCCAGACAGUGGUUAUAUAUAACAAUAUAUACAUAUAUAUAUAUAUAUAUAUAUAUAUAUAUAUAUAUAUAUAUAUAUAUAUAUAUAUAUAUAUAUAUAUAUAUAUAUAUAUAUAUAUAUAUAUAUAUAUAUAUAUAUAUAUAUAUAUAUAUAUAUAUUAAGAUGAAAAUGUUCUAGAGUGUGUAUUAUAUAAUUUCCAUACCCAGCGCAAGCAGAAAGAUGUUGUCUGCCGCGGCUGGGUCUCGAACCCGCAACCUUCGAAUUACUAGAUCGACGCUCUACCUACUGAGCUACACGGUCAGAUGGAUUUAAGACUGGAAAUUAUGAAAUAUAUAAUGAAUGUCAUAAACAUACUCUUUAUAUAUAUAUAUAUAUAUAUAUAUAUAUAUAUAUAUAUAUAUAUAUAUAUACAAUAACUACUAGAAAACAUGAUCUGUGUAUAAAGCAUUCAAAAAAGCUUUCAUGUUGUUGGAUUGUCUAAUUUCAAUUGACGAAUUAUACUUUCUAUUGUAAUUAUUCAAGGUUAAAGUGUGUUAAAAAUGUAAGAUAAAUCCUGAAAUAGUUACAGUCUUACAGGAUUAGAAACAAAUUUUCCACUGCAGCGUAUAUGAAUAUUUUUGAUGAAACUGUUCUGCUAUAAUUUAGGUAUUUUUGAGUUAGUAGAUUCAUUUGGUAUUCUAAUUAUUUUAAUAAUCGUGUAUUUAUUAAUUUAGAUAUUCAAUCAGUGCAAUUGUCAGAAUUAGUAUGAAACAUAAAAUAAUGUCUGUGAAAAUUUUCUCCAAAAAAUGUCAUCCCCCCAAAUUUCUGGGAACUGGGUUCCGAUACUUACUCAUUUUCCAAUUGCAACCACAAAUGGGCCACAAUAUUCCAAAUGAGGUAAAAUGCAGAGGGGAAUUGAUGCCAUAAAUGUGGCUACAUUGCUUCAAAGCUUGUCACAGUAACCGCUAGAAACAGAUCAUACCUGUUGUUAUGCAACUAUUGAAAUCCGCAUAAAGAUAAUACGUUUCUGCCAACUGACUGUGCGUUGACAAGCCACAAGGUUUACUCAGCUUUUCAAUCCAUUAUCACAGUUGGAUUUUGCAACCCCCAUAGUUUCAUCUGUUGUUGUCAUAUGUGAAUUUUCAUUAUUAAUAGUUCCAUGUAUUGAAAAUACAGUAUGGAAAUGGUGCCAGCUCAGCAAUAAGGUUUUAAGGAAGUUAAGUUCUAAUAAAAAUCCAGGAAUUGAAUGUAUUAAGGCAAUAUGGCAUAGCCAGAAUUCUCUGGAAAUAGUUUCUGCUCACCUUGGAAAUUUUAUUGAAAGUUGAAAUUUAAACUUCUGCUAUAAACUCUAAAUGAAUCUAAUUUAAAUACUGAUCGUGUCAGUGUAAUGGCGCAAAUCGUGAUUUUCCAAGCUUACCGUUUGCGCUAAUUAUAGCCUAUGGAAGGGAAGGUGAAACUCGUUAGUAAUAAUAACAAUCAGCUUUAUUACCACAAAAUAUAAAAGAUUAUUUACCUAGUUGAUUAAUGAUUAUUUAGUACGAAUUCAGAUAAACGUUACUCAGAAUAACUUAUAACAAUAUAACUCAUAAUCUAUGUUAGUCUUGAUUAAUUAAUGAUUAUUUAGUACGAAUUUAGAUAAACGUUACUAAGAAUAACUUAUAACAAUAUAACUCAUUAUCUAUGUUAGUCACCGUCACGUGUGUAUUGUAUUUUUGCCAAAUCCACCAAUAGCAAUUUCCAAUUUACUCCGUUGUUCGAGUCACGGACAGGUAACUUUUUUAAACAUUGCUAUUGGUUAGUUGGGCAAAAAUACAAUACACACGUGACGGUGAAGGACCAGAUUUAUGAAUAAACGUUCACUAACAUAGAUAAUGAAGUAAAAAGCAAAUUCCGAAAAUGCAGGACAUCUUGAGAAUUCAUUAUAUAAUUCAAAACAAGACGCAGUUUGAGACUGUAAAUUUUCGACUUUAUUUCAAAGUCAUCUUCAGACAGAAUGAAAUACAAUACUUUACAACACAUAUAUAUAUACAACGCAGAGAGAGAGCAUCUGUCAUGUGGGCGGAAAGAAGGAUUAUCCAAGCGAAGCGAAACAUGAUAGAGAAAAUAGUAAUAACUGAGAAUGGAUUAUUUCGCUAUAUUUACAACAAAAUAUAGAUAAUAUAGAUAAUGAGUUAUUGUUAAUAUUGUUAUUCUUCGACAUGCUAUGCACCAAUAGUCGUCUAAAACCCAAGUUACCAAACAUACACGUAACAUGAUAUAUUUGUGUUGUGUUAUGUUCUAAAAUGUAUUAGUCAUUCAUGCCACAUUAUUUGCGGUGGAAUAACACAUUUAAUUUUGUGUCACUAUUUGUGUAUAUACUGUAAUUUGAUAUGUGCUUGCGAUCUGCGAGUACAAAGUAUUCGUUGUCCGAAAUACGCGCACUUCACGGAACAUUUAAAAAUACAAUACUUUGCCUUUGGUCGUGAAAUGACUGACAUACUACCAGAGUACUAGUUUACACGCAUAACACCUAGCGAACUUCGUAGCCACAGAAUCGUUUAGCAAACAGUCCAAACUGUAAGAAUGAAGAACUUUAUUGUUUUCGAUUACAGAAUUCUUUGUUUGCACAUGACAUCACUACGUGUCAUUAGGCGCCAUCUUGGUUGAUUUUAAAGUUUUGUCCAGCCGUUUAUAUCGGAAUAGUUGAGUUACUUUAAUAUUUUUGGUUUGGUUUGAAAACAUCUAACUUUCUCAUAUAACUUUCAUUUAUACGAGAUUGUUACAGCGUAAUAAUAGCGUAUAUGAAGCCUGGUUUUUAAGCAGUUGCCUUCAAGCUUCGAUAACGUAAUUUCGAGCAUAGGCAGAUGACAUCAUUUGUGGCUAUAUAAAAAGAGAGAAGUAAAACCAAUUUUCUAAUUGCGUGGGUGGGAUGGUUUGUGUGGGUUGUUCGGUGUUCCUCAGUUCGGUGUUGGUUGACCUUUUGGCUUUCGGCAUAGUAUCAAGUAUCAAGAUAUAAUUCUCCAGUCAUUUCCCUUUAUAUAGAAACAUGGACAGGAUGUCUAUGUCAUAUAAAUGCUUGACUCGUACCACGAAUAAUGUUUCAUGAUUAUAGUAAAUUACUGCAAUAUCUUUAGUUUCUAUUCCCUCGUCGAACGAAAAGGCAUAGUUGUUAUUUUUCAAAUUUUUCCAUUUGUGCCAAAUUGUAAUAAGUGCCAAGAAUCCACAUUUUUCACAGUGGCAUGCCCAAUUUGUGCUAAAUUCAUAUCUGAAUUCCGCAGUCGUUAAACAUCCCAAAUUUGUAGCAUUCCAAGCUAUUUUACAGAUAUUUGCCCGAUAUCAUUUAUGUUAUUCGAAUUAUUUGGCUCUGCUUGACAACGUCGAUGGCGAUGCUGUAAUAUACAGUUAGCCGACAAACUACAGGUAACUGACACUAGUUUAUAAUAUUAAGAACUUCGAAAACUAGAUAUGACAGCUCUAAUUCUAAUAGAUUAGCAAGGUCAAGUACAUAUAAAACUUGCCAAUAUUUUCGAAAUUGACAGCUUCUAUGACUAUGAUAAUAACUUUUUUGGGAAAAAUUUCAACUUUAAUAUUAUCCAGUCACACAACUCGACAACAAAAUUGACAAAGACUUGUAUGGCUGUGCUCUAUAAAAUGACUAUAAAAUUAUAUUAGUACCAGUACUUAGUCUUAGUAGGAAAUUGCACUUGUUCUCGAAGACGAAGUAUCAAUGAAAAAUCACACUUGUGUUUGGCGAAAUAUUUAAAAAUAUAAUACCGCUCGUGCUACGCACUCGUGUAUUUCAUAGCUAUGCCUAUGUGCUAAUUUUAAUUCUAGUAUAUUCAAAUUGUAUUCGUUGUUAUUCCCCUUCGUUUGAAUGUAAAUAUUUGAUCUGCAAGAGCGUCUCUGCUAUAGACAUAGUGAUCAAUUAGUGAUAGAUAGUAUGAACACAUGCCAAUGUAAUACCCGCGUUGCUAUAGAAACUGCCACCUGUUUAAUGCUGUGAAAAUGACAAAUCAUCUGCAAUGUUAAUUACGAAUACUAAAAUAUAUAGCCUGUCUGUACUCUGUAGGCUUAUGUUUAAUUCCCACACUAUAGUCACAAAUAAGAACAUUACGUGUUUUGUCUAAUAAUCGAUUUUGUGGUGACUUCCCGCUACUAAAAUUUAAUGCGACGCUAAUACAUAUAUUUAUUAUAUAGACUAUAGUAGAUAUAACGAGCAAUGAAAAAUACUCGGGGAAAAUACACCAUUUCCCACCAAUUGUAUUGUGUUUACAAUUGAGGUUUGUGAAAGUGACGAACGAAGACAUUAAAGAAUAAAGAUUAAAGUCGUUUAGCAAGGAAAAAGAAAAUGUAGAUACAAAUCGAAAAACGUUUUAUGAUAUGAAGGUAUUCCUUGAGUUUCUUGUCACUGAGUCUGAAAACGAGAGUGGAAAAAUUAAGUAAAUUAAUCGUUUUAAAAAUUAGUAUGAAUAUAGUAUGAAUACCGCGUUUUGAACUUGUCAUUUGAGUUAUUCUAAUUUUUGUCUUUGUUUUAUAUGACUAUAUAAUAAAAAGAACAUUGCACGGCGACGCGAAGAUAUGAAAUAAAAUCCCGCCGUGUGAUAUCCUCUGUAUAUAUAAAGCAAGAAAGCAAAGAGCCGAAAUUUUGUUCCUGACAAUCGGCCAGUUUUCCACUCCAUUGUCGGCGGCACUUAUCAUCAACCGCUGCUUAUCACGUGGGCAAAACGUGGCAAAAACGAUGCCAACAUUGGCAACAACUUCGUGCGAAAAAAAUCGACCGACUGAACGAAUAUUUUGAAAAACUAUGGUUUCAUGUUACUAUUCUGACAAAAAUUCAAAAUGUGAUUCGGAUAUGCAGAGUACGAUGCCGAUGGCAGAUAGUCGAUACAGUUAAAUAUUUUAUUCACGGUAAUGUUAUAUUUUGUUCGAAAUUACGAGACGAAAUUGUCAUUGUACCUCGGAUAUAUUCCAGGGGGUUACCCUAUACGCAGGCUACGACCACAUGUCAAAAUUACAAUAUUGAAGUAAAAUAUAUUCGGGAUUCCCCUACCCCGGUAGGAUUCCGCGCGUUAUUGUUUAGCAACAACGCUAUUUCUGUGCUAAACAUUUUGAAAAUAAUAACUUUCAAUGAACCUGUAAAUAAUAGUGCUUGUUAUACGAUGGGUUGUGUCGUUGUGUCGAGCUACUGCAUUUAAAUUACUGCUAUCCAUCCACGCAUGUGGCAUUACAUCAUGCUGACAUAUGAUCUAUGACGUAAUUAAUACUGCGCGUGUGAAUUCCUCCUGACGCAUGCAACUUCAAAAACAGCUAAGCAAAAUUUAUUUCUUUUGGUAUGUGUAUGCAUAACCCAUCGUGUGUGCUGAACAAGUAAGUUUGAUUUUAUUUCUAUGUCAGAAUUUAACUUUUGACUGGUAUAUUUUGCUUUCAUUUUACUUGAAAUUUCUUGCAUUUACUUAAAUUGAGCUAUAGUUUUAACUUUUUAGCAAUAAAACUUUAAUCAUUAUAAAUACUAGUAUGUCAUAGUAUAUGCAUGUUGCAGGGUAGAUUUUACCACUUGGCAAGUAGAAUGGCGAGAGAUAGAGAAAGUAAAAUGCUAAAUAGGAUACAUUGGGGUGCAAUGCAACUUAAUGGCUUAACAGGGCAAGUAGUUUGAUAAACCCACUGAACGCCAGUACUCUGACCUUGACAAGUAAAAUCGCAAUUUCGCUGUGCAGUCGUGCAAUCAUGCUUGCCAAAUGCUAAUGCGGGAAUUCAUUCUCAAAUUUCCGUUCAAACUGCAUACAGUGAGCAAUGAGAAUUUUUUUGACCAAAUGAUAAACUUGUAAGACUGAAGAACAGUUUCAUUCAUUUGACAUACAUAUCACAAGAGUAUGGACACCAUGAUAGCGUUGUAAUUAUACUGAUAAAUCUAUUUGAUGACGUAACCUAGUGAUGCAUUCAACGUUUCAAGAAUUCACCAUAUUUUUUGGUAGUCGUUUUUUCUGGGCGGAUAUCGGCUGAUUGUAGACGACGAUAUUCUCUUUUUCACUCGCGAAUAUUGCGAAGCAACAUCUGCGAGUCUCUGUGGUUACUUGAGUGCGGGGCAGUUAAACAGUGGGAAAUGACCAGCCUGCUUUGCGUGCGCUGUUUGCCUGCGAAUCUGGCCUUUCAGAUCCAGAAACCGAGCUGGAGCACGACAAAUGGCAAAAUUCGCACGGUGCUCGUUUGCAAAAACAGCUGCGAACUGCUCUAAUUCUUUCAGUCCCUUUCAUUUGAUCUCAUCCGUGAGUCUGCCUCAACGGCCUUUGAUUAAUUAAGAGAUUGCGAGCAUAUAUAGCCACGAGCAUGGCCUUGCGGGUGUUUCCGUUUGGGCGGAACCGAUCACGUAUCAAAAUCACGUAUAUGCGAUGAAAAAGGGGAUGCAUCUCGCAUCCUGUCAUUAUUAUCAGGCGAAGUGAACAAACUGUACAACGAAUUUUUUUGAUAAAAUCUUGAAUUGUCUUUGCCAGUGUAGGUAUAGUGCCGAUAGUAUUGAGUAAAACUUCGGUUGAUAGUGAUUCAACUACCCAAACAAAUACAUGUCAAGGAAAGAUUCGACGCUUCGAACCUUCGCCUUUCGUUGGUAAGUUAGUAUAUCCUUGUAUUUGUCAGGUAGUUGCAUCCCUAUAUCAACCGAAAUUUUGAAAAUGUUUGAUACCGAUAUUUUCAUGGACUAGUAGUCUGGUACGAUGGGCCUUGUGCAGCGGGUUUCCGUCCAAUCUCCAGGAAUUUCAGUUACAAUAGUGGACGUUCUAUAUGUUGUUUAUAUCAUUAUUACGCGAGUGUUCACCAAAAAAUUUGAAUCAAUAGGAUUAAUUCCUCCUGAGAUCGAUAACAUUUUUAUAUUUAUCAACGUUUCGACUAUAUUUCAGUCAUCAUCUGAAAUAUAGUCGAAACGUAGAUAAAUAUAAAAAUGUUCUCGAUCUUUGGAGUUACACUUGUUUUGUAUUUUGUUAAAAUAAAAAUUCCUCCUGAGUUACAGCGUCUUGGAUAAUAAAAGUGCUGACGUCAGCAUUAUUUUCGAAUGCCUUCAGAAACUGUGUUAUACAUAAAAUUUAGUUAAAAAUUAUUGGUUAAGGUUACGACGGGACUUCAGACAUACAUUAUCUGAUAUAAACAAGAAUCUAAAUAUUUUGGCCCAAACUCACCUUUAUUUUAGCAUUUGAUUUUUGGAUAAAUGCUUGGUGGUAUAAAAUGGCCAAUUUUAUACCACCAAGCGCUUAUCCAAAAAUCAAAUACUAAAUAAAGGCGAGUUUGAGCCAAAAUGUUUAAAUUCUUGUUUAUAUCAUAUACAAAGUCCCGUCUUAACCUUAACCAAGAAUUUUAACUAAAUUUUGUGUAUAACACAGUUUCUGAAGGCGUUCGAAACCCUACGUUCGAAAAUAAUGCUGACGUCAGUACUUUUAUUUUCCAAGACGCUGUAACUCAGGAGGAAUUAAUCCUAUUGAUUCAAAAUUUUUGAUGAACACUCGUAAUAAUGAUAUAAACAACAUAUAAAACGUCCAGUAUUGUAACUGAAAUUCCUGGAAAUUGUAUGGAAACCUGCAUAAGGCCAAUUGUAUAUAUUUCACUCUUCUUUAUUAAGGUCAACCUUCGUGCCAGAGGUUUUUCCACGUUCGCAGAGGGAUCCCUCAUUAUCCCCCUGCGAGCGUGGAAGAAACUCUGGGACCCAGGGUUUGUCUAGGUUAGGGGAGGAAAAUUUCCAUUCGUUCGAAAGAGCUGACAUCAGUGUAUUUGUAGCUUUGAAUUUUAAAUCUAUUUGCAUGAUGAGGUAGUCUUCUUUAUAUAGUAAUACACCAACAAUUUACCGAUAUUCUGAUAAUCACCUUAUUGGCCAAUAGCUAAAUGCGAAAGCCGAAACUGAUAUUUUUGUUUUCAGUUAUAUAGACGGAUUUGCUUAUCACAACAUCCAAGUGUUAUGUCUACAAAAUUUUCCCCCUUAACUGAUAUUUUCAUUUUCAUGUCGGUACUUCACUAUAUAUAACCUUUUGAGCGUUAAAUUCAUUCAAUUUUCUUCGCUGAUAGAGUCUGUCUUUGCGUUUCUAGAAUAAUGCACUGUCUGCGAAAGCGUCCUGUGUAAAUUGAUAUAUAAACUUACGUGAUGGAUUUUGACCGAUCUACAUUGAUUGAAGAUGAUUAUACGCGGGAUCUGUCUGAGAAGCAUGAGCGUUUACUACAAGAGAAAAAUGUUUUGGAGGAAAAAAAGCAGAAAGCUCACGAACUAUGUAAGUGUUUAUUUGAUAUUGAAGUGAAAUUACAGUGCAUAGGUAUAGAAUUUUAGGAAUUGAAAUUUGAAACUAAUUAAAGUGUACUAGAGUGUAUUAAUACUGCAUGAGUGAAUACAUCAGUUGUCAACUUGCAUGUUAGACUAAUUUUUUAUCUAGGCCAAAAAAAGUAAAUUCCCGUAAAGAACUUAUUAAAAUUAAUUAGUAAAAUUUCAAAAUUCGUCGUUACGAAAUGUAGUAAAAUACGGAAAAUAUAGCCUUGCGAAGUUUGCAUAUUUUGUAUAUGUUUCUAUUAUACGUGCGGAAAUUGUUACCAUUUUUGAACCGAAAAUAGUAACAAUUUCCGCACGUAAUACAAACAUAUACAAAAUUUGCAAACUUUGCAAAACUAUAUUUCCCAAGCUUUACAACAUUUCGGAACCAAAUUUUGCAAUUUUACUAAUUUCAUUAUGUUCUUUUUAGCUGUGGUGUUUGAUUCCCUUCUCUUUACUUAGAUUAAAAUUUAGUCUAACAUGCAAGUUGUCCAUUAAUUACAUCGAGCUUAGAUGCUCUUUCUUAAAUAGGAUAAAUAUUUGCCAUUGUUCACGCGUGGUUUACAAGGCAAUAAACUUUAUUUUAAUUUUGUCUUGUUAUUCAAUCUCAGUCCAAAACUUGCAAGCCAAAUCACAAGAAACGCGGCAUUUGGAAGAAGAGCUUAUACAACUGGCCAACCAGAACACGUCUUUCUCAGACAAAUCUGGCGGAUUAAGACAU